UGUUUUGUAUGAUCUGGGAAUAUUCUGGGUAUAUAUGUGUUUAAUUUGUAGGUUUUUCAAUUUUUGGGAUAGUUUGAAAUAUUGUCGUUAUGCUGCCCAAAUUUUGUUAGUAAAUGGUUCAACAAUUCCAUGGCUCGUUAUUUGCGUAGCACCGUACCCCCAACUACACUAACUUGGGAACAAGUAAAACCAGCUGAUAUCGAAGCUAUUCGAAAGAGACUAUCUGAAAAAUUCAUUUAUCCAGAAGACAAUCCGGUAAUCAACGAUGUCAUGGUAAGACAAAUGCAAAAACAUCUGACUGAUUGGCGCCACACGAUGAAGAAACACUGGGUAGAUGUUGGAGGAGAGGUGGACAAUGAGAGAGCGAAGUCAAAACCUUUUGUGUCGAUUACUUCUUCUGAUUGGGCAAUUCUGUGUGAUUUUUGGGCUUCUGAUUCUCACCAGUGUAUAUCGAAGAAAAAUAAAGAAGCUCGAGCUAAAAUGACCAUACCAGGAGGACACGGUUCCAAAUCUAUCGUUGCCCAUGUUUAUGAUCACAUGGACUCAUCUACUGGCCAGCUCCCGAGCAUGAUCGACACAUUCGAGCACCUCCACAAGAAGAAGGAUAAGUGGAUUAGUGAUGCAGUGGUGACAAAACAUAAUGAGAUGACCGAGCGUCGAGCAUCGCAGAGUACGGCCCCUGUAUCAUUUGCUGCUUCUUGAGUCGGCGAUAAUGUCGAUGGUCAUUUCCCGCCUGAUAUGGAUAUUGUCACGGAUGUCCUUGGACCCCGCUCGCGUUAUAAGAAAGGGUUUGGGGGGUUGCCUAGGUUGAAGACAAUUGGCGCAAAGAGGGCAGCAUCUUCGUUAACUUCUCAAAUGUCCGGGCAAUUGCCACCUGAAGUGGACACCAUUUUGCAGCAAAAUCAGGACAUUAUGCUAGAAAAUCAUAACCUAAAGAAGCAUACGACUAAACUUGAGAGUCGUCAACGGCGUCAAGAUCUCCUGCUCAGUGCUAUGUUGAAGCAGGUUGGUGAAUUGGCUCCUGGUUUUACUGUUGACUUACCAGACCAGGAUUCGGACGAGGACGAUGAUGCUGACGGGGGCGGGAAUGAUGAGGCGGGCAGUACUCAUUUGUAGAACUUUUUUUCUAUUUAUUUAAAGUUUAAUUUAUGAGACAUUUAUUUUACUAAAUUACUUUUAUAUUUUCAUGUUUGGUGGAGACAAUAAAUAUUAAUAGUUGUA